CCACGCCCACGCGGAAGAGGAAAGCUGGAGGGGAGAAGAAGCGAAAAGGAGGUUGUGUGUUGCCGCUUCUGCUGCUUCUUCCCAGCCGGAGAGAAACAACUCGGCUGCUGGUGAAGAGAAAGAGGAUGUCCCUGAGCAAGAGGAAAGCGGCAGUGUUCAGAAGCAAGGUACUGAAGAAACUCUUUCCCAUUCCUCCUGGUGUGGUUUCUUCAAGUGUGGAGGCAAGUACUGUUCCAAAAGCUCCAGCUUCAGAUCAAGAAGGCUCUGAGAAUAUAGCAGCUCUAUCAGGCGCCUCCAGUUUACCAGAUAAAAAGAAUGACAUUUUGACUCCAAGGAAAUUUUACACGGUAACUCCCCCUCCUGAAGAUUAUGUACCACCUGCUAAUGCCGAAACCAGUAAUGAACAUUCAGAGAGUGAUGAUCAUGAAGCAGAUUUUCCAGAGGAGAAUGAUCAAGGUCAACCCCAGAGGAAACGUCUCCGAAGGAAGAAACGGAAGAAUGUUUUGCAAAACCCUGAUAACUUACAAGGAGGCUUGGCAGAAUGUGGAAAGCCUGAAAAUCUGAUUGAAGAUAACUUACAGCUGCAACACACGGAAGCCCUGAAUCUAAGUAGAAACAAAAAGAGGAAAAUGAAAAAGAAGCGGCAGAAAGAAAAGAUGAGAGCAGCUGGCUUGUUAACAAAGCCAACUGGUAUAGAUUUCAUGUACAAGCCCAAGAUGGAAAGAGGAACAGACUUUGAAGAUACAGAUAAGAAAAUAGACAGUAUUCUAGAUUUUUUGCAAGCAACGCAAGAAAUCCAUUUCUCUGACAAACGAUCGAAAUGUGAAGAGUCAGCUGUGAGUCCACAGAGCAUUCAUGAAAUUUUACACAGUCUCGAAUCUCGCCAUAUGCCUUUGUCAGACGUUGACCUUUUGCAUCAGAUGAAAGCUCUUGUUCUGCUGCGAGAUGUUGAGAGACUCAGAAUUGCUGUGGAAGAGUUCCUCUCACAGUCAGUGAUGCCUCCUGAUGCCUCCAUUCAUAUUCUAAUGCCAGACUGUCUGGAUCUUUGGGGCAAAGAGCUGAAUGUAAAGAGAUCCACUUGGCAGGUACUUCACAUAUUUCAGAACAUCUCAAAAACAGGAAAUGGAAAGGCACUGUAGAGAACAGCAUUUCCCAGGUGGCUUUGACAUGGGAUAAGGAGAAGAAUGGCAGAGCCACGCAUACUGGGGGGAAUGAAAAACUCUUAGAAUUAGAUAUCAACUGUGUCAAAAGGUUAUAAAGAUGCCAUUCCUCUUUCUAGGCUGGGUUUGGCCCUUGGGGUUUCCUGUUCCUUGCUAACAUUUUAUUUCUUGUUAGCAAGCAUCACGUCAAAAAUAGCUUCCUCCCUUGUUGCCUAGGAAAUUAUCACCCACUAAAAAGCUAAAAACGAAUUAUGAAAGGCUUUCUAAAAAUCUGCAGAGCGGUCCUCCUAGUAAUUCCUCCUCCAUUUAUUUGUGAAUUUUGCAGACCAGUAGACAUUAUAGUUCCCUUUCACCCACCAUGCACAUCUUGGAUUCUCCACAUGCAUUGCACUUAGUUUUUUUUUUAAGAUGUAUAAAAAAGAAAUUAGCUUAUUAUUACAGGGAGUACUAUAGAAAAACAGUUAGCAUUUAAAUAAAUGGCAUCAGAUAUACCAGUGGUUCUCAACCUAUGGGUCCCUAAGUGUUUUGGCUAUAACUCCCAGAAAUCCCAGCCAGUUUACCAGCUGUUAGAAUUUCUGGGAGUUGAAGGAGAGAACACCUGGGGACCCAGAGGUUGAGAACCACUGAGAUAGACAGUAGGUUAUACAGGCAGUCCCCAAGUUACAAACAUCUAAUUUACACAUGACUCGUUGUUAAGAACAGGGGUAAGACGAUAGGAAGUGUGAGGAAAUCUAUCCCUAGGAAGAGAAAUUCUGAUCAUAGGAUACGAGUGUCUCCAGUGAAGCUUUAUCCACUAUCCUUGUUUCCACAACUCAAAAUUUUCAAAAUCCAACAUGUUGCUGAGACAAAAAGUGAGACGAAAUUUUCUGAACAACCAUUACAGGGGUGUUAACCCUUCCCUAUAUUACCCCAAAAUUUAAAAACAUUGGCUGGAGUUACACUUUAAAAUGUGCCUGUUCCAACUUACAUAUAAAUUCAAUUUAAGAACCAACCUACAGAAUCUUCUCUUUUGUGGACCAUAGCAACCUACCCAAUAAAUGCCAUCUGGUAGACAGGAAAACUGUAAGAGGAAAGAGCUGGGUCAUGUGGAGAGAAGAUUUGGAUGUGCACAAUAAGUACAUCCAAGAAUACCUAGAAUCAUCGAAGCAUAGAGCUGGAAGAGACCUCGUGGGCCAUCCAGUCCAACCCACUGCCAAGAAGCAGGAAAAUCACAUUCAAAGCACCCCUG